CCAGUAAGCACUUUAUGCAGACAGCAGAGGUAACAACACAGAUAUCCAGGACAGGGUCUUAUUUAGAAACACAACUGCUAUCAUGACUGCGACAACUUUGAAAACUCGCUUGCUACAACUAAACUGCCAUUUUACAUGGGGCUUACUAGAGAAGGAUGGUGAAAUUGAUGAAAUAGAAGAAAGACUACACAAUCAACUGGAGUUUUUGGUCAGUGAGAACAAAUACAUGGUGUACAAUCUAUUGGCUUAUGUAAAACAUAUACAGAGAGAUUACACAGAAUCCAUUGCUAAUUUGGAUGAAGCAGAAAGGAAUUGCUUGUCUACAUCAAAUGGAUCAAACUGCAAACUUCUAGCUAUCUAUGGUAACUAUGCCUGGGUGCACUACUACUUAAAUCAAUUAGAAAAAUCUCAACUGUACAUUGACAAGGUAAACAAUGUUUACAAAAAACUAAAACAAACAAAGGAUCCUAACGACAUCCCUGAAAUAUAUGGUGAGCAGGGAUGGUCUCUGCUGAAGUUCAAUCGCAUAUAUUAUGAAAAAGCUAAAGACUGUUUUGAGAAGGCCCUGAAGGAGGCACCAGAAGAUCCUGAGUGGAACUCUGGUUACGCCACUGUAGUUUAUCGAUUGGAAAGUUUUCAAAACAUAAAAUGUCCAGAUCAGAAAUGUGAAUCAUUAAAACUGUUGAAGAAAGCCAUAGAACUAAAUCCAAAGGACUCAGUGGUGAAGGCACUUCUUGGUUUGAGAUUGCAGGACCUGAGGAGGACAAAGGAAGGACUAAAAUACAUAGAAGAAGCUCUAGAACAGACACCAAAUCUUCCAUAUUUACUUCGUUAUGUUGCUAAAUUUUAUAGAAGAGCAGGGAUGAUUGAUGAAGCCCUUGAUGUUCUGAAAACAGCUGUAGGUUUGAUUCCUAACUCAGGAUUUCACCAUCAUCAGCUUGGCCUAUGUUACAGGAGCAAAAUGCUUGAAAAGAAAAAAAUAGCAAACUCGGGUUAUCAAAAUAAAAGAACAAACUCACGUGAAAUACAGGAACUAAUUCAGAAAGCCAUAUUUCACUUUGAAAUGGGAUUGGAAUUUAAAAAAACACAUGUGUAUGCAUAUAUUGAUUUAGCCAACAUGUAUAGAGAGGCAAAUAAGUGCAAAAACGCAGAAGAAACAUUCCAAAACAUAUUGUCCUUUACAAAACUUACAGAUGAGGAAAAACAGCAAAUUCAUUUCAAUUAUGGUAAUUUUGAACAAUAUAAUAACAAAUCUGAAAAAGAAGCUAUACGACAUUACAAGGAAGCACUCCUCAUACCAGGUACUUCCCGUGAUAAAAAUAAAUGUGAGAAUGCAUUGAAAAAACUGGCGGAGAGGAAGGUCACUAGAGACCCUACAGAUGCAUCUGGAUUCAGUCUGCUUGGGUUUGUUUAUAAAAUACAGCAAAAGUCAGCUGAUGCAAUCGAAUGCUAUGAAAAAGCCCUGAAGCUGGAUCCAUACAAUGAAGAAUAUUUAAGUAAUCUCUGUGAAUUGAAACUGGCAAUAUGAAGAAACGGCUGUGAGAUGAGCAAUAUGGACUCCAAUAUAAACAUUAGACCAUCACUACGGAAUUUGCUCGCGCUGUAUAAAUAAUAAAAUAGUAAUAUCACUUAAAAGUGAAAGUGUCCUUUACAUGUUCCACCUAUAAAUGUGUAAAGGGACAUCCUAAUGCAGUGUCACCAUUUCCUCCCUGUCCUCCUCUUAUGUGCCUACCAUAUUAAAAUAAAUAUAGGUUAACUGUUUGAAUGGAGAUUAAUGUAAAAAGUAAAGUUAAAAUCUUCUUGACAUGUGCACAGACGUUAUUCGGCAUGUGCUAAAUUAUAAAUAAAACACUGACACUGCUUGUUCUGUUGGAGUAUAACGUCCACAGCUUUAUUAAUUAUAAAAUCUUUAAAUUAACAAUUUAGGGUCAUUGUCAACAGUAAUAACUUCGUUCCGCUCGAUCCCAAAUACCCCUGACAAUGACCCUACCAAAACAAUUCAAACAUAACAAUUGAUACAUAACGAAUAAUACCUGGCCUACCAAAGAGGCCCCCAACAUUUGUUUACCUGCAGGGGUGUACCCAGACACCCCUACACCCCUAGGUUCGUCGCCACCGACGGGCUAGAACCUACCAAACACUUUAACUCCGGCCUACUCCAGCCUAGACCUUGGCAUAACACUUUCAUAACCCACAAAGAUCCAGUUUACCCAAGCCCUAUUUCCCGCCGCUUUGACCAAACGGGAACUACCACAAAAACUUAGGGAGGGAGGGACAAUUCACAGGUAAGGGCAGCUCAGAUUAAAAUGGCCUAAACUUAAAAUGGGCGCUAUUUAAAUUACCACUCUCCUCCCCACACCAGCUAGGCCCCACCCCUUGACCUCCAGCUCACCUGCCAACUUUCUGGCCCUGUCAAGGCCCACUCCCCCCUGCGUUGCUCCGUGGGCUUCAAAUCACUACAAUGUAAAUGGGAAAAUUCUGUAUUUGGUUCUGAAUGUUUUAAAGAUCAUAUUGUCAUGAUAUUUUAUUGUAAAAAAUCUAUUAUAGUUAAGUGUGUUCAAUGAAUACAAAUCAAUGCCCUUAUGAGUGAGUAUUCAUUACAUAGUCUUUGCAAAUAAUUAUAAAAAAAACCCACAAUCGAACAAAAGAUGCUGCACAUACAUAUUAUUGUUCAGUCAGUGGCAGAACUGCCACCUGUGUAGCCGUUGCAAAUGAACCAGGGCCUGCACGCUUCAGGGUACCUCGGGUGGCCCAUGCACUUAGGGCGACCAGAUGGGCAUUGCUGUACAGGGGCUCUGUUCUGCACUGCUGCCAUUUAGCAGCACGUCUGGGCCCCUGUAGUAUUCAAAGCCUGGGAGGACGUGAGUGCCACUUCCUCCAAGCUACAUACAAAUCACUGCACGGGACACAGGAGGAGGAGGAGAAACUACAGGAGAGGGAGAGCAAGGAGAGAACCAGCUCUAGCCAGUCUCACACUCCUAUCAACCUCAGCCAGCAGGACACAGGAA